AUGGCAGACACAUCCGAUCUCUCCCUCCUCACCAUCUUCCUCCUCCUCACCGCCUGCCUGGUAUCGGUCUUCGUACUAGGACAGAUACUCGCGACGUACACGUCAGCGUAUCUUGUAGCACCGAGCGAGAUCACGACCUUCAUCGACGCAGUUGACUUCUCCAUCCAAGAGAAUGAGUCCUACGAUGGCGAUGUCGCGAAGGUGCCGAGGCUGGAGGAUAAGCUGCGGAUGGGAAAGCUGUUGAGGGAGAUACAGAAAUGCGGUGACGAUCUGAGGGAGGAUCUGAAUAAGCUGUUGAUCGAUGAGGGAGGCACCAGACUGAGAGCGAGCACGAGAUUGUUGUGGGCAGCUAAGAGGGGUCGCUUGGAGGAAAGGAUGAGGAGGCUAGAUCUGCUACGUAUGCGCUUCUUGGUCGUUUAUAUGGGCUUGAUUGCUGCGAAAAGCAAUGAGCCUCCCAAGGACCCCGAGAAACAGCGUAUUCAUCAACAUAUCCCAAAGGCGCCUGUGCGGCCUAGCUUACCUAUGAGCUUGAGUGAGGGUAUACAAAGGAAGCCUCCACUUCGGAGACUUACUACCCAGGCUAUGGGCCACAAUGACCAUGUUGGGGAAGCUCCAAAGAUGGGAUGGAUGGGAGUCGUGGCUGAACUGCAGAAUUCGCCGUUGAUGCAUAAAAGACAUGCUUCGAUUGAGAGUGCUAUGAGUCCUCGCAGUCCAUAA